AUGGAUACCUCGAGCUAUCUGAUGAAGUCAACUUGGGAUAACAUUACUCUGUCAGCUGAGUUCAAGAAGGCUAACAGAGACAACGAUGUAGAUGCUAACGUCGGCGGGGUGUCGUGGAGUAUGCGCCAUGUUAUGCGCAGCGAUCCGUGUCGUAGAUUCGCAUUUGGCACCAUGGUUGAGGAUACAGACACUGGAGCCUCGUUCUGCAGUCGACAACUUGUCCUCGCCUGA